AAAGCCAGCCUUAUGCGCAUGCGUAAAGGUGUCUAGGGCCGUAAUGAAUUCGGGCGUCUUUUCUCCCACAGUAUGUAGACAUGAAUUCAUCCAGGAACCUCUUCGUGUUUGGCUUCUCCAUCUACUGUGGGCUCGCCAUCCCCAACUGGGUGAACAAGAAUCCUGAGAAGCUGCAGACAGGGAUUCUCCAGCUGGAUCAGGUCAUCCAGGUGCUCCUGACCACAGGCAUGUUUGUCGGUGGAUUUCUGGGCUUCGUCUUGGACAACACCAUCCCUGGUAAGGCUGCAGGUACCUCACAGCUGGGCUUGUGGACAUCUGAGCAGUGUCAGGGCAGUUGGAGCUUCUGCCAGGCUGUUCACGGCACACCCUGGGGCUGGAGUCAGGAUAAGGCCUGGCCUACUUUAGUCAGCUUGAGCUGCUGCAGAAAAACAUGACAGAAUACGGUGAGCCAAACGACAGCCUUCUCUCAGUCCCCCUGGCUGGAAUGCUGAGGCAGGUUGGUUCUUCAUAGGACCGUACUUGGCUUGCAGUGAGGGGUCCUCACAUUGCCUUUGCUUUGGGCUGGCACAUCCCUGCAGUCUCUCUGUUUCACAAUCUCCCUUUGUGUGAAGGAGACAGGGCUGGGGUGGGAUGUAGCACAGCCGGUGGAGGCUUGCCUACAUGCACAGCUCUAGCUUCCAAUGUAUAAGCUACUUGCAGGGAUGCCCACCUGGGAUCCCAGUGCUGGGCAGGUGGAGGCAGGAGAAGGGAGAGUCCCAAGACAUCUCCAGCUACAUAGUGAGUUCCAUGCAAGCCCAGGAUACAUAAGACUUUAUCUCAAAAAACAAACAGACAGACAGACAGACUGGAGGCCUCUAACAACAGACUCCUUUUAACAUCUUUACCUUCUUAAAUAUUAUUGGCAAAUACUGACACCCCCAGGAUUAGGCUGUCAUUCUACGACUUUUCAAGGGAUAGAGUUCAGUCAUGGCAAGGCCCUAAAGUGGAUGAUACACC